GACAGCGCCGGGUGAACAGGAAAGGGCUGGUAGGCGUUGAUAGAGGUGCCUGAAAGUGCGUUGAGAAGUCAAGUCAACCUAGAGCUCAAGCACAACAAAAUCAAGACCAAGUUCACGGGGCGAUGACUGCAGCGGCGGCAGCGCGACUUGGAGCGGGCGGGGCCAUCUCGAUCUCCCGGUUCCGGGGAGCGCUGGUCGGUGCAGUUUUGGGGGAUUGCAUAGGCGGAGAGUUCGAGGGAGCGGAAGAGGUUCCGAUGGAACGAGUUCUGCAGCACCUGAACGGGCUGGACCAGGACAGCGACUGUAUUCUGCAGUACAGUGAUGACACCGCAAUGACCCGCUGUGUGGUUCAGUCUCUACUCACCAGAGGAGGGUUUGACCAGCAGGACAUGGCACACAGGUUUGCUGAGGAGUACCGCCGCUCUCCGGGGCGGGGCUACGGCUCAGGUGUAAUCCAGGUGCUGCGGAAGCUGGCCUCCCCGCAGCUCAGCGAUGUCUUCCAGCCCGCACGCGCUCAGUUCGGGGGGCGCGGUUCCUUCGGCAACGGCGGCGCCAUGAGGGCGGCGCCCUUCGCCCUGGCGUUCAGAAACAUCGCCGACGUCAAAAGGUACGCUGUGCUGGGUGCGAUGCUCACACACUCCUGCUCUCUGGGGUAUAACGGGGCCGUGCUGCAGGCGCUGGCUGUGCACUACGCCCUGCAGGGGGCGCUAGCUGUGCCUCAGGCCUUCAUCAACAAGCUCAUAUCUGAGAUGGAGGCGGUGGAGAGCGAAGACCAGGCCCGCAGCGACGCCCGAGCGCUGAACGAGCCGGAGCUUCCUUUCUGCGCUCGGCUGCACAGGGUGAAGGAGCUGAUGGAGCAGAGCUCCGUCAGUGUGGAGGAGGUCAUCUCUGAGCUGGGGAACGGUAUUGCGGCCCUGCACUCCGUCCCCACCGCCAUAUUCUGUGCGCUGCACUGCCUGGAGCCGCGCGCGGGACUGCCUGAGCAGUACGGGGGCCUGGAGAGGACGCUGGCGUACUGCCUGGCGCUGGGCGGGGACACGGACACCAUCGCGUGCAUGGCGGGCGCCAUCGCGGGCGCGCACUACGGCGCGGACGCCAUCCCGCCAUCCUGGCAGCGCUGCUGUGAGGGCGCGGAGGAGGCGGAGGCCUGGGCCAGCCGUCUGCACCAGCUGUACCACCAACCGCCACAGGAGGGAGACAGCGAGACACAGCACAGCAACACACAGCCGCGCUCACAUACCAACACACAGCCUUCAAAACACACCGACUGAUACACACACACACACACACACACAGCGCUCAACACAUACCGACUGAUACACACACACACACACACACACACA